GGCCAGGCGAGGGAGAGGGGGGGAGGGUCGAGGGUGCGCGCCCAGGGCGGGAGGAGGCGUCGCGAGCUCCAGCGGCGCGAAGGCACGGGGCUCGGGCUGCCAUGUCAGAGGGGAGAGAAAUGGGGGAAGAGAGAGAGAGAGAAGGCAAAAGUGAGCGGGGAGGAACCCCGUCAGGCAGUGCACACGCCAAUCUGCUGCGAACCGGUAGAGCAGCCUCGGAGCGGUGCACACGCCAGUGUGCGGCGCCAGUCUGCCGUGGACCGCUAG